CAAGAAGCAUGUCAUCGCGCACGCUGCGUACAAUGCAGAGCCUCGGGCGACAGAGCAGCCUCGCCGAGCUCCACGGCGAGGCGCAGAACUCGGGCGGCUUUAUUGGCUACCUCACGACGACGGUCACCGACUUCUUCACGAGCCCGCACAGCGCGUGCAUCAAAUUCGCCGUCGUUAUGGCUGGUAUUGCCCUCACGCUGCCUGCGAUCUUGUUUCCAGUCUUUGUGAGCCUCAAAAUCGAAGGCCACGUGCACUGGACAUGGCUGCAGACGUUCAUCCCGCUCUUCAUCGUCACGGUCGUCUUGCUGCCCGUGUACAUGCUCUUGACGCAAAUCGACAACCCCAAGGUCGGCAACAACGACGAUGAUGGGCCGCCCGUGUCCAACGCCAAUACCGACUGCCACGCCAACGACACCGCGGUCUUGCUCGCUGCCUCGGACGCCGAGAACCCGCCCCAGAAAAUCAUGACGUGGGGAAGUGUAUUUACCUUGCUGUGCUCGCUGGUGGCGCACAUUUUCAUCGCGCUUCGCCUUGACGGGCACCUUGACUGGGCGUGGCUCUACGUGCUCUUGCCGUACUGCUUUGUCAUUCUCGUUGACCGGUCGUCCUCGAGCGUCCUCCAAGUGCUGCAAGUCGUCUUUGUCGCCGAGAAGCUCGACGGCGCCCUCACGUGGUCCUGGCUCGUGGUGCUUUUGCCAACAUGGCUGCCCCUCGCCGUCAUGCUCAUCGUCUUUCCUAUUGGCGCCGCCUUUGCGGUGCUCAUGUUUGCGGGCGACGACGACAGCCCAUCAUCGCCCACGCCGUGGUGCUUUGCGACAUCGGUCUUUUUGGGCGUCUUUUCGUUCUUCGCCUUGGUCACCGGUCCGCAAUUGCUGAUCGUCCUUCGCCUGCAGUACUUGACGUUCUCGACCAUGUGGAUUUGCGUGCCGUGGAUCAUCAUGUACAGCGUUGUCGUCGUCCUCGCGACGCUAGCGGUCUUGAUCCUUGCGUUCCACGGCAAACCGACGGCGUCUCUCCAGGAGAACACGCUGACCAGCGACUACGGCUCUGUCUAA